AAAACACGAAAGACGUAUGUAAAUCUCAGUCUUAUUCAGAUCGCAUUUUAUUCAACAUGACGCGAUUUCUGAUCGGUACGAUUUUAUUCGCAUCUCUCGUAGUUGCUGGCACCUGGGCAGUCGACGGCGUCAAAGGUGGCCAUCGUCCUCGCUAUCCAACGAGCGCUAAUCAGUACGGUGGGAACAACAAUAAUGUGCUUUGCUACAAAACAGUACCAUACAAUCAUGCAUUGGCUUAUAAUACUACUAGCGGAGUGCCUUACAAUACAAUCCCUUUGCCACAGGACAAUCAGGAUUAUGCUCAUAGUCAUGGAUUCAUAACGAUCUUGGACUGCUGCGAGGGUUACAAGCGUAACAUUACGAAUGGCAACUGCGAUUUUCAUUGCGAGCAAGGUUGUUUCGGUGGCGAAUGCACAGGGCCAAAUCAAUGCACUUGCAAAUCCGGCUGGUUUCCUGAAAAUGGAGUCUGUAUGCCUGUUUGUCUGCAGUCAUGUCAAAAAGAUGCUUAUUGUUUUUCGCCGAACGUUUGCGCGUGUAAAUUGGGCUAUGACGAAGUGAAUGGUGAAUGCAGGCCGAUCUGUCCCGGUGGUUGCAGAAACGGUGAUUGCAUCGCACCACGCGUUUGCAGAUGCAAAUCUGGUUACGUAUUAAACAAUCUUCAGGAAUGUGUUCCUGUCUGCGAGGGUGGCUGCCCCCAUGGCGAAUGUACCGCACCCGGUAUUUGUACUUGUUAUGAAGGGUAUACCAAUCCACCGAAUGAACGAGAAUCUUGCAUUCCUUAUUGCCAGAAUAGCUGCAACGGUGGUCAAUGUAUCUCACCCGGUAUUUGCAACUGCAUCCAAGGUUACGUGCGUAACUCAAAUGGUGGAUGUUCGCCAGAUCCCGUAUCGAAUCAAUGUAGAUACGGUUGCGGUGAUCACGGCAUUUGUAUUGGUUACAAUCGUUGUCAAUGCGAACCAGGAUUUAAAUCAGAACCAGACACGGGUCGAUGUCUACUGGAUAAACGAUCAGAUCAACCACCCUAUGGGAAACCGGAUCAACCACUUUAUGGACAACCAGUUAAUCAACCAACCUAUGGACAACCGGUUAAUCAAUCACCACACGGACGACCGGUCGAUCAACCAACCGGUAACCAAUACGAGCCUAUUUGCGAUUUACCUUGUCUGAAUGGCGAAUGCACUGGUUUCAAUCAGUGCACCUGCAGACACGGUUACACAUUCGAACAGAAUGAUCUGACGCGAACAAGAUGCGUGCCCGUUUGCAUUGGUGGUUGCUCCAACGGAGUCUGCACGUCACCAAAUCAUUGUAUCUGCAAUCCCGGCUACAAAAAAGAUCUCGGUGUCAAAGGUAGACAAAGAUGUAUACCGAAUUAUAAAUAUUAUUUACAAAGUGGUCAAUUCAAAUCGCGUCGAUGGAAAUCUAUCGAUUCUUUCUCAUACCUGUGCUACGCAUCCUGCACCGUUCCAAAAUCCUCCAAGGAACCUUUACCUAGCAGUCAAAGCAAAGUCACAACGUGUCACUCUCCAAUAGUCUUUUGUACGAUACACAAUAAAAUUAUAAAAACAAAUAACAAGUCAAUUAUUAAUAAUUAUAUUAAACAAGAAAAAGAUCAAAAAAUGAAUUCGUUAUUCUUCUUCCUUCUUUGUAUAUUCAUCGUGGUAAUCGAAUAUUCUAUAGAAAAUUCUGAACUUAACAAUCAAGGAUACUGCACUAAACUCGUCAGUUAUAGAAAAUCGGAAAGUGUUCCAUACCUGCAAAGUUAUCGAGAAAAAAAAUGGGGAAUCUUUUACACAACAAAGUAUCGAUGGAACUAUAGAACUGAGUAUUACUGGGCAUGGAAAACAGAGAAAAUAUGCUGUGACAUGUACAAGCAACAGAACGAGAAAUGCGUACCCAUAUGCUUCCAUGAUUGUGGUCACGGUGAUUGCGUGAGACCUAACAUUUGCUCCUGUCACGAGGGAUACCAAUUAAUAAACUCUCACAACCCAGUUUGCGUGGCCGUUUGCAAACAUCCCUGCGUGCAUGGUCAUUGUACGGCACCCGACGUUUGUACAUGCAAUCCUGGUUAUCAGAUGAAGUUAGACAAAUUUACUUGCGAACCUAUUUGCAAUCCAAACUGUGAUUUGAAAACUGCAUACUGUUCGGAGCCAGAUGUCUGUACAUGUCGCGAAGGAUACGAAAAUAAAAAAAAUAUCGGUUACACGACCUGCGUGCCUAUAUGUAGCAUACCGUGCAUCAAUGGUAACUGCACAGCACCUGAUACCUGCACUUGCAAUCAGGGAUACUCUGUAGAUCUUUACGAUAAGUUCACAUGCAAACCAGUAUGCGACAACUGCGUAGAUGGCACUUGCACCGCACCAGGAAUUUGUACCUGCGAUCAAGGUUAUUCUUUAAACGAGAAAGGCUAUUGCAAGCCAAUCUGUAGUAAGUCUUGUCAUAUGGGUAUUUGUAUCGCACCUGAAACUUGCAUGUGCCAUGAGGGUUAUGGCUUUCUUAACGAUUCGAUGAACGUGUGCCAGCCGAUCUGUCCAAAGGCAUGUAUUAAUGGCUUUUGCAAACAUCCUAACGUUUGUGAAUGUCAUGAAGGAUUUCAAGUGACAGGCGAUGAGACAAGCUUGCACAUUUGCAUACCUCAUUGUAAUAGUCCAUGCGAACCAAAUGGAGAAUGUACCGCACCUAAUAUUUGCACCUGCCAUGCGGGAUAUUCGCUCGCCGAUAACACCGAAGCUAUUUACUUCGAUGAAGAAUCGAUAUGCAAACCUAUCUGUGAAAAUGUAUGCGUUAAUGGAUUUUGUACGGCACCAAAUUACUGUAGUUGCUUGUUAGGAUAUGAACAUUCCGAUAUAAACAACAUUUGCAUACCAGUCUGUAAUCCCACUUGUUCAUUACAUAGCCAUUGCAAGGCACCUAACGAAUGUAUCUGCAAUGAUGGAUACAAGUUAACGAUAGAUAAUAUAGGGAAUAAUAAUCUAACUUACACUUGUGAGCCGAUUUGUAAUGAAGAAUGUAUUAACGGAUUUUGCAAUACUCCAAAUGAAUGCAGUUGCAAUAUAGGCUACGAAAAAUUGAAUUCUAUCGAGUCCAAUGUUUGUAAACCAAUCUGCGAACCUUCUUGUUGGUCGCAUAGUAGCUGCACGGCACCUAACGUAUGUACUUGCGAUGAAAAUUAUGUUUUAACAACAAACAAAAAGAAUUCGUCUAAGUGCGAACCGAACUGUCAGCCUGCUUGUCCUCCUAACAGCAUUUGUGAAGUCCCAGGACGAUGUCUUUGCAAAGAAGGUUAUCAUCCAUACUAUGAUAACAAUUCUAUGAAUUGCGAGCCGAUCUGCGAAUUCGACUGCAAAAAUGGUAUCUGCUCUUCGCCUAACACCUGUAACUGUGAACUAGGCUACAUUAACAACAAAAACGGCUCAUGCGUAGCCUAUUGCUCAGUUGAUUGUGGUAAUGGAACCUGUACAGAACCAGAAGUUUGCAGUUGUGACGAAGGCUUCGUAUUAACGGAGGAAAAUAUAACUUGCGAACCAUAUUGCAAAAAUAAUUGCACUAAUGGCAAUUGCGUAGCGCCAAAUGACUGUCAUUGUUACGACGGUUUUAUAAAGAACGGCAAUGAUAGCGAUUCAAUAUGCGUUAACGCCUGCAAAAAUGCUUGUAACAAGAAUGGCAUUUGUCUUGAUGAGCAAGGUAACUGUGAUUGUUUUUUCGGAUGGAAUGGAACCGCCUGCGAAGAGCCGACUUUUUGUAUAGUCGACAUUUUAGAGGAAUACAAAGCAUAUGAAACAUUAUCAAUUAUAAAAGAACAAAAUUAUCCAAAGAUAUUAAUGAGUGAAACCUAUCCAACCUGCCAGCAAUGCUUGAGCGAAGUCAAUAAUCAGACAAUUUGUUUCGAAUUUCAAUACAAUAUCUUCAGGGAACAAAAUUACUCAGCCGUAUGUCUCGUCGACGCAGAUUCAAUGUGUUACAUAACGUAUAGUCCCAUAAGAGAAGUUAUAAAAGUUAGCAUCGCCGUUGGGGGAGUAGCCAUUUUAAUUAUGAUCACUUCGAUUGGUAUUGCUUGUUAUAAGUUUAAAAAUUAUCAUGAAAAUAUUCUCUGGCUACCAGACAAACAUUAUUCCAUCAUAGUACCAAGCAUAUCUUUCAUGAACAUGAGAUUUAAUAUCGCAUCCUUAUAUGUCAUCGUUUAUUUGAUGGUCGACCUGCCAAAAAUAUCGACUCUAUUUCCUUGGAAAGACAUAAACGACCAGUCAAUUUGCUUGGAAAUCAUAACUUUGAGCUUAAUUUCUAAAUCAAAUUUGAUCGAUUUUAACGAUAGAAAGAUGCAAUUCCAUAACGUUCCUUAUUAUGAGACAUACUGGCACCGUGUACUGGGAAUUUACAAACAGAAAAGACAUCGCAUUAAUUAUAAAAUUGAAUAUUAUCCGACAUAUCACACACAAGAAAAAUGCUGCAAGGGAUACAAAGAGAUAUCAAAUAAAUGCAUUCCGGAUUGCUUUCCAAACUGUAAGAACGGAUUAUGUGAAGCUCCAAACGUAUGCGAGUGCUUUCCAGGAUACUCCAUAUCGACAGAGCAGAAACAUAUUUGUAAACCGAUUUGUUCGAAUGGUUGCUGGAAUGGAGAAUGCGUUCAACCCGAAGUUUGUGUUUGCCCUCCGGAUUACUUCAUAGAUUCCGAUGGCUACACUUGUCGUCCCAAUUGCGAAGACAAGUGCAAUCCUAAUAACAGUUAUUGUUCUGAACCGAAUACUUGUGCUUGUCAUGUUGGAUAUAAGAAAUCAAACGAAUCGGAAAUGUGCGUUCCAAUUUGUGAGCGCGAAUGUAUCAACGGCAAAUGCGUCGAACCGGACAUCUGCAGCUGCUACGACGAUUACGAACUCGAUGUCAACGAUUCGUUCAAUUGUAUUCCAAAAUGCGAACACAAUUGUCUCUUUGGAACAUGUACAGCUCCCAACGUUUGCACAUGCAACAUCGGAUAUGAGCCAAUCAACGAAAGUAACUGCAAGCCAAUCUGCAGUCAAUCGUGUGUAAUGGGUGUUUGUAUAGCACCUGAAAUCUGCAGCUGCGUUGUUGGCUACAAAUUUUCGAACGUUUCCGUGCACGUCUGUGAACCACAUUGCGAUCCUGAAUGUCUCAAUGGAACUUGCAUUGCUCCGAACAUUUGCAAAUGCAACGAAGGAUUCAUCUUCGAUGAAGACGAUGAAACAAAGACAAUCUGUAAACCCUUUUGCACCUCUCCUUGUGGUUUCAAUGCUGAAUGCACCGCACCUGAUCGCUGCACUUGUCAUGAAGGAUAUCGUUUCGUUGGGAAAAAUGAUACAACGAACAACAUUAAUGCGGUAUCGAAUAACAAAAAUGGCACUACUUGCGUUCCGAUAUGUGAGAAAGAUUGCGUGAAGGGCAAAUGUGCCCUUCCUGAUGUUUGCAUCUGUGAAGAAGGAUAUGAUAAAAUGUUGGUACAAGUGAUACCAGACAACAUACAUAAUUAUCCCUGUACAUCAAUUUGUAAAAAAAUCUGUGAUCUGAAUGGCAAUUGCAACGCACCUGAUAAUUGUAUAUGCAACAAUACGUAUCAUAACACGAAUAUACAAGGUAAAUACAUUUGUCAACCUUUUUGCGAUAUAAACUGUGAGCAUGGUACGUGUGAGACUCCAAAUGUUUGCACCUGCGACGAGGGAUACAAAAAAAACGAGGAGAGUCGAUGUGUUGAUGCGAUUUGCCAUUCUUCUUGUAUCAAUGGCACUUGCACCAAACCAAACGUUUGUACUUGUUACGAGGGCUUCUUUCUACGAAACGAAACGCUUUGCGAGCCAUUUUGCGAAAAUUCUUGUCUAAAUGGAACAUGCAUGGCAUCGAAUACUUGUCGAUGUAACGAAGGUUAUUUCGAAAUAAAAAACAACAAUAUUUCAGCUUGUGCCUUGAUGUGUUCUCAAAACUGCAGUGAACAUGGUACUUGCUUCGAUGGACAAAACUCUUGCUCUUGUUUUUUUGGAUGGAUCGGUAUAAAUUGUGACGCAGCCAGUCUCUGCGUUUACGAAACAACUCUCAACUCGACUCUCCUCUCUUCGCUUACAAUCAUAAAUGAGACGAAUAGCACAUUGAUGAAAAGCUACGAUAGCGCGCCACUUUGUUAUCAAUGUUCCAACUCCCUUGACAAUACGACAUUGUGUUUCGUCGUACAUUCGAAUGAAUCACUUACAAUACCAACAGUUGCUUGUUUCCUUGGUACAGAGUUGCCAUGCUACAGGAGACCACAUAAUAAUACACUAAAAAGCUCUUUUGGUAUAACGGAGUUGCUCAUAGCAAUCACAAUAGCGAUCAUACUAGCUGCAGCUAUAAGUGGAUAUGUUAUCAUUCGCAAAUGUCGAAAACAACCAACGAAUUUAUUACCGAACGAGCAAACUAAUUCAUUGAUACAUGAUAAUGAUACUCUGAUAAUUAGAGACGAAGAUUAUCUAAUCGAACAAUGGCAUGUGUAAGAGAUUAGAAGUCUUCUCGAGCGUCAACAAAAAUCCUAUAUCAACAUAACUGAAAAUAUUAU